ACGGUUAUAAGCAAGGAAAGUUUGACAAGUUUGUCUCAGUAUCUCCGUGGUCCCAAACUUGGAUUUCAAGAAAGCAGUGUCUUGAUUCACGAAGUAACGGAGAAAGUCCCUUUGGGCUCUCUUCCUGCUUCUCAGUAACUUUCCAGCUAAGGCUUGGUGAGGAUGGGUGACUGGAGUGCUCUGGGGAGGCUGCUGGACAAGGUCCAGGCCUACUCCACCGCAGGAGGCAAGGUCUGGCUGUCCGUCCUCUUCAUCUUCAGGAUCCUGGUCCUGGGCACGGCCGUGGAGUCUGCCUGGGGCGACGAGCAGUCCGCCUUUAAGUGCAACACCCAGCAGCCCGGUUGUGAGAACGUCUGCUACGACAAGUCCUUCCCUAUCUCGCACGUGCGCUUCUGGGUACUGCAGAUUAUCUUUGUGUCUACGCCGACGCUCCUCUACCUAGCGCAUGUGUUCUAUCUUAUGAGGAAGGAGCAGAAACUCAACAGGAAAGAGGAAGUGCUGAAGGCGGUGCAGAAUGACGGUGGCGACGUGGACAUCCCCCUGAAGAAGAUUGAGAUGAAGAAGCUGAAGCAUGGCCUGGAGGAGCACGGCAAGGUCAAGAUGAAGGGAGCCCUGCUCAGAACCUACAUCGUCAGCAUAUUUUUCAAGUCUAUCUUCGAGGUGGGCUUCCUGGUCAUCCAGUGGUACAUCUACGGUUUCAGCCUGGCAGCUGUCUACACCUGUGAAAGGGCGCCCUGCCCGCAUCGCGUCGACUGCUUCCUGUCCCGACCCACGGAGAAAACGGUCUUCAUCAUCUUCAUGCUGGUGGUGUCCCUAGUCUCACUGGCCCUCAACGUCAUUGAGCUGUUUUACGUCUUCUUCAAGAGGAUCAAGGACCGGGUCAAGGGUAGGCAACCCGCCACCGUCUACCCCCCCAGUGGCACUCUCAGCCCCACCCCAAAGGAUCUGCCUGACACCAAGUACGCCUACUACAAUGGCUGUUCCUCUCCCACAGCACCCCUCUCCCCCAUGUCUCCCCCAGGGUACAAGUUGGCCACGGGCGAGAGAACCAACUCCUGCCGCAACUACAACAAGCAGGCCAAUGAGCAGAACUGGGCCAACUACAGCACGGAACAGAACCGGCUGGGCCAGAACGGCAGCACCAUCUCCAACUCCCAUGCCCAGGCUUUCGACUUUCCCGAUGACACCCAGGAGCAUAAGAAACUGAGCGCGGGCCACGAGCUGCAGCCGCUGGCCCUGCUGGACCCCCGCCCCUGCAGCCGGGCCAGCAGCCGCAUGAGCAGCCGGCCCCGCCCAGACGAUCUAGACGUCUAGCCCCUCCCCCCUGCUCUUACAUUCUCUAGGCAACCUCCCCUGACCUCAGAGGAAAGAAGGGGCAAGUGGCCGAGCCGGAGAACCAGGAAGUUAGAGUGCCAAGGUGGGCGUGUUAUUGUUUUUUUUGGUUAUUUUUACAAACGCGUUCCGGAAGGGGGCGGGCCACAGCGAUCACUGUUCUCGUUUUAGAAGAGACUCUUAGGUGAUAAAAAAGAGACAUUAAAAUACUUUAACACUGUUGGAGGUACUACACGAUGUAUUGAUGACUUUGAAACUAGUGGAGCUAACCAGCAUUAACACACACAAGUAGUGGUGGAGCUACAGGACCUGAGUGUUCUGAUACCUGGCCCACAGAAUCAGUCUAUGCCUGGUGGUGUUUUGGUUGAAUGAUCUUGUUUCUCUUUUCUUUUUUUUUUUCUUUUUCUUUGUUUUGCUGUAUAUGAUACAUUCUUAUGGCCACACACAAUGACAACAUUCCUUUAUAAAAGUGUUUUACUUUGCAAGAUGCUUCCUCUCUCUCAAUGUCUUGGAAAGUAGUUUAGUCAGAAAGACCUCAUGACACCCCCAUUUGAUCUGAGAGAGCCUAUCUCUGUUUAAAUAGUCUCGGAUGGUUGUUGAGUGUCAUGGAGACAAUUUAUUUUUGGGUGAACGUAGACACGACUCUCACCACUAACAGAGGAGACUGACUGCCAGCCUAGGUCUGAUCCAGAAUCCCCACGAUGAUUCUUUAAAGUUACUACACCCAUCUUCAUAUUUAUUGAAUAUUAUCCAAAUUUCAGCAGCACAUUUCUUUCUAAAUGAAGAAGAGGGGAACGUUUUAUAAAUGAUCGUCGACUGUCAUUUCCUGAAAAACUUUGAAUUUAUGUGGUGUCAGUUGUUUUUAGUAUUUGUUGUCUCUGGGUUUUGUGGGGAAAAGGUGAUGGGAGAGUCUGUGCAAGCAAGCUGCUGUAGGACCGGUUAACAAUAAACAGUGUUUUUAUUGUUAAUGUAGGUGUUCUAGAGUAUCUUGUUUGACAGAAAGGCUUUAUUUGUUCUAAUUUUCAUGUAUGUGUUUUGUUUUCUUUCUUGGGGGUGGGUAAGAGUGGGGUGGGGGUGGUAGAGGACGAGGGCAGUAGAAUGGUUAUUUGUGUUUUAACUUUGUUUUUGAGUGAAUGAUUUUAUUUUCCAACUCAAUGUAAUCGUUGCUGCUUGAGAGGUAGAUGUUUAGUACUGUAAAACAAGCUAACUGUGUCACAAAAAAUGUGAGUUUUUAGAAGACUGCUUAUAGACCUGGACUAAUAUUUAGUCAAAUAUAUUAAAAAGGUUUACGCCUGCGUAGCUUCACUCAACUACCAAACACUUGUAGAUGGAAUUACAAUUGGACAAUUUUAAUUUCUUAUGGUUGUUGUUUUGUUUUUUAUGUUUUUUUUCCAAGUUUGCAUCCUGGUAUUUCGGUACUUAAACAGAGAGUUUCCUGGAUUUUUCAGCUACAAUGGUGUUUGCACUGAGCUCUUGACUAGGUUGUUAUAUGAUGGAAAAUGUGGCAAGUGUUUUCUGAUAUGCAUGUUACUAAUUUAUUUUAAAACACCCCAGGCAGAAAUCACCACAGCACAUUCUUCAUGCAGAUAAACAGACAUACAGAUACAGAAAGACAGACACACACACACACACACAAACACAGACACAUAGACACACAGACACACAGUGAUGUUCGACAACUGGGUUCAAUGAUAUUGAAGGGCUACAACAGUGAUGUCUCCCCAGUCAACACACCCAACCACACAAGUUAAACAUGAUCGGUGUACAUUUGUUCUAGAGCAUGGUCAGAAAAUGCCAUUCCAUGGAGAUCCACUGUUGUACAGUGUGAAAGUGCAUGAUAGCAAAAAUAAAUAAAUACAAAUGAAAACUCAUUAAUCAUAUCUGUGAAAAGCUAUUUUAACCAAUAAAGAUUUUUUUUCUUUCUUACA